AUGGCCACGCGGUUCGUUCGUGUCGCAAGCAACAACUGGAGUAUGAGACAGGAGAGACAAACCCCAGAUCUGAGCCACGCGUGUCUAGGAAUUGGUUUCGAGCGCCGUCGAGGUCACUGGUACGGACCCCUCGGCCAGAUGAACAGCUCCGAGGUCCUAUACGAGUCCUGGACGGCUGCUGCCGCUGCGACUUUGCGAUGA